GAGGACGGCCACUACUUUGCCGCAGCCUUCCGCUGGCCGGGUGAAUGUGUUCAAGGGCGAAGCGUGAGCAUGCCAGAGGGACUCAGUGAAGAGGCCAUGAUGGCCCUUCUCCGCCUACGCUAUGGAGCAGAUGAGCUGGAGGCGGAGUUUACUCUGGAGGUGCGCCACUUUGCGGAACUGUUGGAUUGGCCCAACGUGCGGAAGCGUUGCGAGGCGCACCUGGAAGCACUGCUGCAGCAAUCCAAGGACGUGGAUGGAGCCAGCUUGCUGGCAGUGGUGUCCCAUGCCGAGGAAAGCAGUUUGAUGCCGCCGCAUCUCAAAGCUGCAGCGUUGGCAGCCGCUGUGAGGCAAUGGUCGCGGGUGGCAGAAGCUGCCGAGUCUUGCCCUUCAGACUUGUCCUCGACGAGGCAGGCGGAACUGGGGGCCUUGAAUCGUGUCCGACAUCGAGAUGGCCACGUCUGCGGUAGUUUAGAGGAGUAUCUCCAUGCAGCUGUGGAUGAUUUGACCGAUUGGGAGCGCAACAUGCCGUUGGAUGCUCCUCAGUCAACCAAGAAGAAGCUGGAAGGUUCCUGGCAGCACUGGCACCAGAUCCUCUUUGAGUACGGACACAUCUUUGGCGCCGAGAAUGCCGAAAGGUUGCGCGAUCGCGUGCGCACCCGGCGCCGAGAACUCUUGGAAGAUCGGAAGCGACAACGAGGUGAAACGCUGAGACUGCCUGAGGGCAAAGUUUGGUUCGAGGCCACAACGGAAUGGCAAGAAGUGCCGCCCAAUGGGAUUUGUGCCGCUGGCUUAGAGUACCGCCUGGACAUGCAGACCGGAAGGAACUUUGCCCGUUUGGCCAUGUGAGUCCCGGGGCUUUCGCCGAAGAAACGGCUGGGCCACUGGGAUCUCCGCGC